AUGGACGCACUCGUUAUCUACGCUAUGAUAGCAGGAGGCAUACUCCUAAGUCUUGUCUUCAUCAGGCUUCUUAGGUCACUUGCUCAAUGGAAGACUCCUGUUCUGGUCUUCAUUUACCGUCAUAUUAUCUAUCCUUAUGUUAUUUCUCGCCACACCUUUUGGGGCCCUUGGAGUCGAGUCGGAGUAUUUGCACAUCUGAUUUAUGUCACCGUGAACGCUGUCCUCAUUUUGUUCAGGGGCAACUCGUUAGAAGAAAUCGGCCGCCGUGCAGGGUCUCUGUCGCUUAUCAACAUGAUUUUACUUCUAGGAGCAGGUCAUUUGAGCUAUGCGGCUGACCUUUUGGGUGUUUCUCUGACAGCAUACCGCAAAAUUCAUCGAGCAUUCGGGUGGAUGACAAUGGUACUGGUAGUGCUUCAUGUCGGCGCCUUUGGCUUCGACCUGAAAAGCUCAACCACUGAGUCGGAUACACAAGAUCUGCUCACCAUAAUUGCAGUUUCAUGCUUAGGAGCACUUACUCUGAUGUCGCUUCCAUUUGUGCGAAACCUUUCCUACGAGCUCUUUCUUAGAGCCCACCAGGGCUUUACGAUUGUUACCGUUUAUGGAAUUUGGCAACACGUCCCAAAGGAUGCGCUGCUACCGUGGCUAUAUCUCAUCAUCGGGAUAAGUGUUCUUGCUAUCACAUCAAGCUUGUACUUCGUGGGAUUGCUCUACCGAAACGGAAUUUUCUCGGGAAAUGGCUGCCCGCGCGCCGUCUUAUCAAGCAACGCAUAUGAGUCUAUCAAAAAUGCAGCUUUUGGCACACCAUUCAAAGUACGCCUGCUCUUACCGAGACCAGUCAAGGUGAAAGCUGGGCAGUAUAUCAACUUGUGGCUUCCGGGGGUGAGCUUUUGGUCAUGGGUGCAAACUCAUCCCUUCACGAUUAUUUCGUGGUCACAGGAGAAGCAAUCAGUGCUAGAGCUUUUGGUUUUGCCUCGGAACGGCCUUACCGGCACAAUUGCUCGUCAACUACGGGCAAUUGGCUCCGGUGGGUACUCCUCUACGGCUCUCUACAGUGGGCCUCAUGGCCUUAGCGAGGCUCUUGACGAUUACGAAAAUGUGCUACUUGUUGCAAGUGAUUCUGGGCUCCCGGCUGUCUUACCUUACGCCAGGAAAUUGAUUCAUGGAAAUGGCACGUGUACACCGCGCGUGCGUCGAGUACAUCUUAUCUGGCAGGUUGAAGAUCGCGAAAUCGCUAUUGUGGCACAGGAGCAUGUUAAUGAAUUAUUGAAGGAGGAUGUAGCGGAUAAUGGAUACGUCAACAUCGUUCUAACGGAGCUUUCUGGGGAGAAUAUCAAGAAACGAUCACCGCUGCAAGAUGAUCAAGGGCAAAUGCUUGUGAUGACGUCUACGUCUGGAGAUAUACGUGAUAAAUUGCGGGGAAUCGUUCGACAGCACUUGCAUCAACGUUUGAACAUGAUAAACCUUGAAUACCAACCAUAG